AUGAUUGUUCCUAUCCGUUGCUUUUCUUGCGGAAAGGUCACCGGCGACCUAUGGGAGAAGUACAUGACCAUCCUUAGCGAAGGAAAGGAAGAAGCUGAGGCCCUCGACGAGAUCGGUCUUCAACGCUACUGCUGCCGCCGCAUGAUUCUCACCCACGUCGAUCUGAUCGAAAAGCUCCUCAAGUACAACGCCAGCGAACGAGAACAAGCCCGCGCCGCUCGCGGCGGACGAUAG